UGCUUGCCAUGGGUUAGAUGCUGCGGAGUAGGAGGAGGCUGUCUGGGUUGUACAUGGUGCUGAUGUUGCAGUGAUUUCAUCAGCUUUCGCCCAGAGCUGCAACCUGCUCACGGCGCCCUGGGGGCCCCUGCAUCAGUGAGCGGCAGCGGGAGGAGAGGCUCCAAAGCCAUCCCCGGGAUCAGUUCGACAGCAGCUUCCACCCACCCCGGCUCGGCCUGAUCGCCAUUAUAUUGCUCCGUAAUUUAAAGCUGUGCCUUUGCGGCUUCCAGAGCGAAGGAAGGACGUUGGCGGCGUCGCAAGUAAGCUGUUCGCUGCAUCUCAUUUUGUCCUUUACUUAAAAGCAAAAUACUGCAUUUUUUGUGGAUCUCGUUUACAAUCUGUUUUCCCCCAUCUAUUGAUUUAUUUUUUUUAAAUCGCCUGGAAAAUCCGCGCUUGGUUUAGCAAAAGUGUUGAUUGCAAUAGAAUUUGCGACAAGACCUGCUGUCUGCUGUAGGCGGCCCUUUACCGUCUCUCCCCUACCGACUGUGUGGGAAGCGAUGGCGGCGACCUUGGAAGGCACAAGGAGCCAUUAUUUGGAGCGUGGGAUCCUCGCCAGGAUUUAACCAGCGCCGGCGUGGGUGCACGGGCACAGGUUCCUGUCGCCACUUGUCGCAACCGAAGUGGCCCGUGCAACACUAAAUGCAAUUCCUCCUUUUGUCUGAAUCUCACUGAACCAGUUCCCCCAUCCUCCAUGAUUCUGACAGCUCGCCAUUGCUUGAAUGUCUUUCUCCUGGUCGAUACUGAGGAAGGUUUAAAGAUGGAGUAACAUCAUUGGUGUGACAGAGCGAGAGAGAGAGCAGCAAAUACAUCACACCAAUAAACAACAUCCAUUUCAGAGGAUCCUAUCUGGGCUGAGGCAAGGUGCCAGUACAAAGAAGGAUAUUCGCCUGGCGAUGUGAGGAGGCUGCGGGGGUUCCGGAUUGAUUCGUGGACUAAAACACACUUUUGUGCCUGCGAGUACUGUGUUAAGCACUGUUCAUGAUGAUCUGCUCGUAAAGAAUAGAAAUUGGCCCAGUUCUUGCUACCACAACAGCCUCACUGCGGAGCCAGAAGAUCUCUGGUUUUGUGUGUUAGGUUUACAGUUGCUGCGAGACUAACCUUCGUGACUUGAGUGUACCAGUGAUUACAGUCUACUUGCAUCUUCUUGGGUUAAAUUAGUUAUCCGCUUUAACCAGAGGUAAUCCCGGUAUCAGUGAAGAUGGAGGCUAUUUGGGUGUACCAAUUCAGACUGAUAGUCAUUGGAGACUCCACGGUGGGGAAAUCGUGCCUGAUCCGUCGUUUCACUGAGGGCCGCUUUGCCCAAGUGUCGGACCCCACAGUUGGGGUCGAUUUCUUCUCAAGGUUGGUGGAAAUCGAACCAGGAAAGCGGAUUAAACUUCAGAUUUGGGAUACAGCUGGCCAGGAGAGAUUCAGGUCCAUAACUCGUGCAUACUACAGGAAUUCCGUGGGAGGACUUCUCUUAUUCGAUAUUACCAACCGCAGAUCCUUCCAAAAUGUCCAUGAGUGGUUGGAAGAGGCCAAAGUUCAUGUCCAGCCAUUCCAGAUCGUUUUUGUGCUGGUCGGCCAUAAAUGUGACCUGGCAGCCCAGCGGCAAGUUUCCAAGGAAGAAGCAGAAAAGCUUGCUGCUGCCUACCGGAUGAAAUACAUUGAGACAUCCGCAAGAGAUUCCAUCAACGUUGAACAGGCCUUCACUGACCUGACAAGGGAUAUUUAUGAACUUGUGAGGAGGGGCGACAUUGUGAUGCAAGAGGGUUGGGAAGGAGUGAAGAGUGGUUUUGUUCCAAAUGUGGUCCACUCAUCAGAGGAAGCUGUCAAAUCAGGCAGGAGAUGCCUCUGCUAAUUAAAGAGUGGAAACAUUUUAAUUGGAUAAGUUCCUUCGCACGUAGAGACUGUACCAAAAAAUUACUGUUGGCCUUUUUAAGUUUGUGUUACAAAUAAUUCACUAUUUCCACACUGUGGACAUCUUGAUCUCUAUUUGUAAAUAGUGGGUUUUAAGCUAUCAGUCUGUUACCCUAUUUAUCCUGCAACACUGAUGAAGGAUUUACCUACAUUUUGUACCUCUGCAAAGAGGAUACAAGGGUGAGCCCAUUUACUUUGCAAACUGCUAAAAAGCAUCUGCAAAUGGGUCAGACCAACAUUUACAUCUUACUCUUUAAGAAAGAAAGGGUAGUAAUGCAGUUGGAAGAACCUGAACUGCUACAUUGAUUUGAUCUGUCCAUGGUCAUUCCUGGUACAGAUGAAGAUCCUCAGUAUAACCUCCUUAUUCUUGAGCUACUGGCCUGUAAAGGCAGUUACCUGUGACUUCAUUGGGAAAGAUCCCGGUAUUAAAGAAAUAAAAUACAUAGAAAUUUAUUUGGCCCAAGAUCCAUUUAAAAUAAAAAUUAUAAAAGGAAAAUCAUCUGAGAAAUGUUAUUUUUAGGUUACAUGAGUUUAUUUCUCACCCCGUAUUCCCUCUUCUCUCUUCUCCUUUAAGGCUAGAGCUGCUUGCUAGUAUAGAGUGCAACAUUAGAUUUGCCAUAUUCACUUUGACUUGCUUAUUGGAGUGUAGGUCUGUUCAUCACCAUUGAACGCAAUUCUGCCCACGUGCUUCUCCAACAAGUUUCAUUGGCUAGCAAAUGAGGGACAGGACCCCAGCCAUUUUCCCUGUGUAAUCAGGAGCCCCCAAAGUCGAUGGUCUCUUUCCAAAUGCCACUGACCUCACACAGGCCAGAUCCUUCAUGAUCGAUAUAACUCAUGAAAUAUUGGCUAGUGCAAUUAUCUACAAUUUCAUUGAAGAGUUUUCGCUUAUAGUGAUAAGAAGAAGAAGAGGGAAAAACAAAAUAAAAAAUAAGAUCAAUAAUGAUAUUUACUGAGAGUUAAUAGUGAACAUUUUGGAACUGCAAAAUUAAGAAGGCCUUUGCUAGUCUCCUAUGUGUAGUGACUGUACAAAAAAAAAGAUAUUUGUAAAUCAGUAAGUUGACUAUAUGCUGUAUAUGAUAGAACAGUGCUAUUGAAUGAUUCAUUACCUUGCUGAAUAAAUGGUUAAUCCAUCUAGUCCUUAACCUGGUGAGUAAAUAGGAACUAUAUUCAAGUACUUGAAAAGUGACUCUAAUGAAUAAACGAACUCAAAAGUUAGUCAGAAACUUAUCCUACUGUAUAAAAAGAAACUGACUGUAGGUAAAAAAAAAAACAAAAUACACCCUUUACCUGGAUAAACUCAUACUGGAUCAUUACAGUUACAUUGUAAGUAGAUCCCAAGCUGAGAAAUAUGCAAGACUAGAGAGUCUGUUUAGAUGCUGGGAAACUAGAGUGUAGCUUCACACAGUUGUGUAGCUUACAAUUUCCACUUCCUAAAUAAAUAGGAAUGCUACUCAAGAGCAAAUAACUGCUGAACAAAGUAAGUUAUUUUUGUAUGGAUGAAUGCAUUAUCCCUGAUUAGAGCACAAUUUUUAUUCAGCUGGAACUUCUGUAGUGCAGUUAUAUCCAAACCAUGCUACCCAGAUGUUGAUUCCUCAUCACGAGCAACUUUAAUGCUAUUUCAUAGCAAGUGUUUUACGAUGUUUCUGACAAUUGAUAUGAGUAUCAUGGAGAAAUCUUCAAAAUAGCUGGUGCUGUAUAUUUCUCAAGAUUUUUAAUUAUUUUGAGAUUAACCAAUUGCCACUAAGUCUAACUUCAUGCCUCAAAUGUUUCCAAAUUUACUAAACCCUAGGUCCUGAAAAUGUACGUUUCCCGUUCCUUGCAUUAUUGAUUUUCUACUGUCUACAAUUGCCAGAAAUCUAAAUGCUGCUUCAGACAGAGACCUCCCUUACCCAUUCAAGAAACAGACUGCCUUUGUAAAGCACCUUAUUGCUAAACAACCGUUCUAUUUAUUUAGAAGUAUAAUCUAUUUUGGAUUGGGAAAUAUUAUCAAUGUUUUUGCAGGAAACUAUGAAAAGCUACAAAUGAAUUAGUAAGGCAACCACUGCUUUAUGGCCAUUCAAGGAACAAGAAUUCACCCUUACAGACUUCAGAAAUGACUAAAGAAAAAUUUGAAAUAUGGAAUUAAAUUCGCUCCCACGGAAUUUAUGCAGGAAAAUAAAUAAACAAACAAAAUCAACUUUUUUCAACCUCAUUUCUGUAUACAAGUCAGAUGAUACACCUUUGUGUAUGGAAAAUAGCAAUAUGGACUAUUUUCUAGGGAAACAACCCCUCCCUCCCCUUAACACGGUCACCUGUAAUUAAUCAAUUUUUUAAAUGAAGGAAAAUAUAUUGUUUCUGAUACAUGGAAUGUUUCCAUCAUUAAAGUUAGUGAAAUACUCAGAUAUAUCUUUCACUUAGAUUAUCCGUUUUUCAAAAUGCAGAUCAGAGCUAAUUAAAUAGUAGAAAUGGAUUAUACUUAUUUAUCCCUGAGGCACCAACAUUAAAUUUUUGAAAUAUUCUAAAACCUUCUUGUGGAUCACCUUUGUUAAUGUGCCCUACAGCUUCCAUUACACUGUCAUACGAGGUAUAUUAGAAUAUUCCCAAACGAUGUGACUCUGAGGUUGAAAAUAUUUAGUUGAUAGAAAGACAACACCCUAAACAGCACUCAUUAGAAGAUUCAGCCAAGGCAAUGUCCUUUCCAUAGCCAAGCUUCAAGACACAACUUCUGAUGCAGAGGUGAGAGUUCUUCCCCUGAGCCAAGUCAAGACGACUUUACAGCAUCCUAUCAUUUGGAUCUUUAUUAGGCAGGCAGGAUCUUUAUUUCGCCGAGCACCUACACUCCAUCCAUUAGAGAAAACAGGAUCUCCCAGUGGUAACCCAUUUUAAUCCCACUUCCCAUUCCCAUCCCAACAUAUCAGUCUGUGGCCUCCUCUACUGUUGCAAUGAGGCCACACUCAGGUUGGAGGAGCAACACCUUAUAUUCCAUCUGGGUAGCCUUCAAUCUUGAUUUUUUUGAACUUCCAGUAAUGUUCCCACCCCCCUUCACCAUUCCCAUUCCCUUUUCCUUCUCUCACCUUAUCUCCUUACCGGCCCAUCACCUCCCUCUAGUCCUCCUCCCCUUUUUCUUCCUUCCAUGGCCUUCUGUCCUCUCCUAUCAGAUUCCCCCUUCUUCAGCCCUUACAAGCUCUUCACUUCACCCUUCCUCCCUCCCUAUCACUUAUCACCUUGUGUUUCUUCCUCCCCGCCCCCCCCC